GGUGGCUCCUCAAGCUAACGCAGAGAAUUGUGGAUCGAUAUACUCAUCUGCAAUGAAGAUCUCGACCUGUUCUUGACCGCCUUGUGAAGAUCAGCUUUUUUCCUCAAAAGUCGGCACGGUUUUUGUCCGCCGACCAUCCAUGCGUCUUCGUUCUUUCUUCACAUGUUUGUUACACUCAACUUGAAUAACAUGUAAGUAAUUCGUUCUUGUAUAUGACAAAAAGAACCGCGCACUUCCUGUCACUUGGAAAUGACAACAGACCAUCAUCAUGGUGCUUCCUGCCUUGCCAUGUUCGACAUACUCGACACCGAGCCGCAAGGGCAAGGUGCUACCUCUGCGCCAUGUUUCUCCAUAUUACAUGGGGACACGCAUGCUGUCUACCUCGGCCAGAACCGUCAGGCCAAGACAGGCCACCAGGGCCACCGGAGUAGGAACAGGCGUUGGUUUACCACAAUUUCCGACACGUGGACCCAAGUUACGACCAUAACUUGUGACUCUAUUUAUUUAGAUUUUUUCGAAAAGAACUGUCUUGCAAAUCUAAAACUCUAAAGAUUAUACCUUCUUUAGGCACCGGCGAAACUUCACUUAGGAUCUAAAGACUUUUCAGAUUUAGAAAAUUUAGAUAUAUUUGGGCCUAUCUUACAUUUUGGAUUCCAAAAAGCGGAACAGAGCUCAAAUCACCAGCUCCGAUUCACAAAGGCUGCGAUGUAUCUCCACUCCUUCAUGUUGGCGGGAAAGGGAACUGGUUGAGCGGCGUUCUUCAUCUUGCUGGCUGGUCUUGUGUUGUAUUUUAUAG